UUUAAUUUUCAGGCGUUUGAUCAGCAUCUGAAUAUGGUACUUGGUGAUGCAGAGGAAACAGUAACCACUGUAGAAAUAGAUGAGGAAACCUAUGAAGAAGUAUAUAAAACAACCAAACGUACGAUCCCGAUGCUGUUUGUGCGUGGUGAUGGUGUUAUUUUGGUAUCGCCACCUAUGAGAGUGGGCUAAAAAAUACAGCUUUAAUAUUUAAAGCAAAUAAAUUGUUAAUUAAAAAAAUUAUGUCAGUAUAAAUAAAUAUAUGUGCGC